AAAAUAACUGAGAAUUCAAUCGAGAAUCCCGCACCCCAUAAGAAAGAAAAAAAAAGAAAGAAAAAAAGAGGUGAGGUACUUUGUGCAAGUACCCUUCCUCUGCCUUCCCUGCAAGAAAGAGCCAGGGCUGAAGGAAGCCGUGACUUGUCUCCUGCCGCUGCCGGCCUGCGCUUGUGCCAGCUCCUCCUCCUCCUUCUGCUAGGUACCAAAUGUUUUAUUUGCUGGAGCCCCCAUACUGUACCCCGUUCCCCGUCCCAUACGUACCAGCAACCGUACCUUUCUUCCCGACUUGGGUUGAUCCAAAGACAGGCAAGGGUACAUGGAACAAGGUACCUUGGUCCCCUUCUCCCCCCAUCCACCUCACGUCCCAUCCCCAUCCCAUCCUGUCCUAUCCUAAUCCAUACCAGAAAAAAAACCCCAAUCCCAAUCCCAUGCUUUCGCAACACACACCAGGCGGCCAGCGGCCCCAUCCAGGAGCGGAUACGCUACUUUUGACGCUACACGCUACUACGUACUCCGUACACCAGGAUGGGAGGUACUUACUCCUCCGGAAUACGUAUGAGGUGUGAGGUGUGAGCCGUGGUGUGUGUGUGUGUGUGUGUGUGUGUAUAUGUGUGUGUGAGUGACGAACGGAGAAAGAGAGCAGGAACCACC